ACAAAGUCUGAGUGAAAAGUUCUGCCAGAAGUUUAUAAGCAGGAAUCUAUUAUAAUGUUGUUCUUGUAAAUUGUAUAAACAUUUAUACUAAUGAAUGUGUUACAACUGGAUGUGCUGUAUUUUUUGCAUUCCUGGGUUAGGUUUGAUUAAUAACUGUAACAGAAGAUGGAUAAUCGGCUCUUUGAUGAAUAUUAAAGCUAAACGUUACUUUAUUGCAGAGUUAACAAUAUAGGAAACAAGUUAUUCAGCUAGUUCUAAAUCCCCUCAAAGAACAUUGAGAUGAGCCGGCAAUAUACCGUUGUUUGUACGGAAUUUUGUGGAGCUUAGGUAUCCAAUACAAACAAGAAGAGAGAUUCCGAUAUAAAUAAAACGGCAAAGAGUUGGAGCAGCUGAACGUCAAUAUGAAGGAGUAACUCACAGGGGGGAAAGAUAUCUCAAUACAUAAAUAAAUACGGAACUAUUGUGAUCAUCGAUAGUCUAGAAGGUCGAUUGGAUUUACUUUGAACUUUAUAUUGUUUAGUGGUUUAUUUCAUAUACAGAAAGGAUUGCAUCUAACUCUCCAAUUUGAUCAAUUAAUAUCAACAAUCAUAGUUUGAGUUCAUCUGAUAAUCACUGCGACAUCUAUUUGUCAAUAUCUAACCGACAAAACAGGAGGAUCUUAUCUGUAAAGAAGUUGUCCGAUCAUCUUCAGCGUCACAGAUACAAGGUAUUGAGCACGUGGAUAGAAGCACACAUUACCGUCGGAGCUCAUGUGGUAUAUAUUAGUGAUGAAACCGAUAGUAUUGUGAUACAUAUUACAUUUAAUGAUUGAUUUAAAUAUUGUUAAAGAUUUAAAAGAAAUUGGUAUGUGUUUAAUUAAGCUACAAAACUCUUGAAGAUUAUCGAUUAAGUGGUAAAAUCUCCUUAUGAUACGAUAAUCUCAGCUGUAAAUACGAUGGAAUCAAACUGCUUCAGACAUUUUCAAUUUAAAACUACAAUUAUAUAGUUCAAGCUUAACUUCUGUAAUAAUUGAUUUUGUUUUUUGUUUUUAUCUGUUAGGUGGACAAAGACAGUCUUACAACUGCUUCAAUUUAAUUUUCUUUAAAGUUUGAAACCAACAUUGAAGAAAUUUGAUUUUUCCAAAGUGUUUUUGUGACGAUAUUUUGUGUUUGAGACUGACGCAACGGAACAUACUGCCAUACAUCGCACGACAUUGAUGUAUAUUAUGAAUUUUAGCCACAGAACUGAGCAGUAGAAAUAGAGGACUCCUGUAUGAAAGGAAAUUAUAAUAAUAAUUUAUACUUUUGAAAUCUGGAUGAUAAUAAUAAUUCCUCCAAAUAAGAAGUAAAGUGUAAAGAUAGUGAAAAUGGAUCCGUUGCAGUGUAUGAAUGAUUCAGAUGCAAAAGUACAGCAAAUUCAAGGUGAGGUAUACUGUAAUUCGGAGUUUGAUGAACUGAUAUGUUGGCAUGCUGCCUUAGCUAAUUCUACCAUAUCAAUGAGAUGUCCGAUUCCAGUUGACCUGCCUGAUUAUGCUGUCGCCUACAAAACGUGCUACGCUGACGGAAACUGGUCGCGGACAGAUUACAACGCAUGUUUUCCUUUUAUUCCAACGGAUAACCCAAUAUCAGGGAGACAUCCUCCACCCGAUGAAUAUGAAAGUCAUAUUGCCCGUAUUAUGACGGAUAUAUAUUUUGUCUUCAGUAUUAUAUCGCUGUUAUUUCUACUUAUUUCAAUAUUUAUAUUUAUAUACUUUAGGUCUUUACAUUGUCACAGAAUAACAAUACACAUCCAUAUGUUUAUAUCAUUUGUUAUCAAAUUUGUCAUUAUUAUUGUCAUGGUUGAGCCGGGUGUUACAAAAAGAUCCAGUGGUACAUAUAAAGAUAUUGAAUGGUUAUGUAAGACGUUGAUAGCCUUACGAGAGUAUGGAAAUACAUCUAAUAUGUACUGGAUGUUUGUAGAGGGGAUGUAUCUACAUAACCAGAUAGCUGCUGCUGUAUUUAGUACUGAGGCACCAUUUAAACUAUUCUGUUUUAUAGGAUGGGGGGUGCCAGGAAUAAUUGUAUUAGCUUGGUCCAUUAUUAUGCAGUGUACAUCUGAUAAGCCAUGUUGGAAUUAUUAUUCCCAGUCAGACUGGAUUUAUUUAGUGUUGGUUCCAUUUUUAGUUGUUAUAUUUAUAAAUUUAAUUUUCCUUGUCAAUAUUAUAAGGAUUCUAGUCACAAAACUAAGAUCCAACAAUACAGACGAAUCAUCAAGAAUCAAAAAAACAAUAAGAGCGACAAUCAUUUUAUUUCCUUUGUUGGGUUUGACCAACAUAAUAUUUCUGUACAAUCCAGAAGACAGAGGGAGUCUUCAGCUGACCUACCAUAUAACCAAUGCUUUAUUGCAAUCAACUGGGGGAAUCCUGCUGUCAGUGCUGUAUUGUUUUAUGAAUGGAGAGGUACAAAGAGUAAUUAAACAGAAAUGGACAAGAUUUAAUAUUCGCAGACAUUUAAAAAGAGGUGGAAAAUCUCGGAGCUCUCGGACUUCGGAUUUCAUGCUGUCUCAAACUGAGGUUUCGGAAUUAACAGACAACAUGACGCAAUCACAACUUUAUGGUACGCCAUCAUCUGACAUGAUCAAUCCUUUUGUGAACAACAAUCGUUAUCAUAAAGUAGAAACAUCGAUACCGGAAGAGGAUAUCGUAGUAAACUAUAAUAGUGAUGAACAAUGUGUUACUUUAAAUCACUUGAACAAAGAAAAUGCAUAUCCAAUUGGGAGUGAUGAACAAUGUGUUUCAAUAAACCAGGUACACACAGUUACUAUAAACCAAGGGGACAGUGAUGAACAUUGCAUUACUUUAGAUGACGUGAUCACAGCAAACCACGUGGACAGUAAUGAACAACAUGUGCGUGUUCCUCUUAAUAAUAUCGAUAAUGAUAUCGCAAUUCAUAAUGAUAGUGACAAUCAUACAAGAAAUGAAAACAAAAACAACAUGAAAUGUGACAAAAAUAAUUCCAUAUCAACAAAAUCAGAAAAUCAUGUAAUAGAUGAGAUGAAUAUUCAGGUCCGCUCGGACGGUAAAAUAUAUAUUGACAACGAGGAAACUACAUACAUACUGCCAUCAGCAGAAUCUUUCGACAAUAUCGAAGAGAGUUUCAUUUAAUCAUAUGGUCAGUGAAGUGAAUCUUACUCUCGUAGACAUUGCAUUUUAACGGGAUCUUGUAAUUACAAAAUAAGUGUAGACAAGUAUCAACCAAAACUUAGCAGUUAUCUUUCUAGGUCUGGACAUUCACGCAAUAUCUACUAAAAUGGGAGGUUGUUUUUCCAGGAUAUACGAUUAUUAACUUGAGCUGCAUGUAUAGUUCUACACUUUUUGUACUCAAUAUUUAGUUCACGCCUUUUCGUUUUCCUUAAAACUAUGGUUAUGUUUGGGUUUUUUUCAGUUUAAAAGAAUAUUUACCCACAUUGAUCGUGGAAUUGCAUACUAAAAUGUUAUCCUUGGGGUAGAAAACUUUACAAAAACAUGUGAUAUUUGGCUAACAUAUUAUUUCCAAUACAUUCCAUUACAAAUAAACCAAUCAUAAAAGUAUUUCAUCAUAUUGUUAUAUCAGUAUUUCAAAAGUCAUGAACACGUGAUAAAUCUUGUAUUUUUGCAACUCAUCACUUUGAUUGUCCUUUCUGAUCCUACCAGUAAUCAUCUGUACCAAUGUGUUACUGCUGUUGUGUGUAUAUAUAUUAUCAUGUCUUGAACUUUUCUCUAAACUACUGGAGGAAUAUUAUUUUCAUGCAGAUGCUUAUGAUAUAAAUUACUCGAUAUUGUAUUACAAAUGAACUAACCCAUUUAUUACGUAAGCACGAUUAGAAGAUUUCAUAUGAUACUCUUCACUUCACCUAGAUAUUCUUCAACUCGAUAAAGCAACAUACAGAAGUCAUUUCAAACAUAAGAAAUUUUUUUUUUUUUUCUUUUUAGUUAUUUUAGUUUUUCGUUAAUUCAAAAGAUUAUUAUCAAUAUAAGUGCUUAUAUAUCAGCAUUGUUCAAUGUUUUUCUUGGUCUUUUUUGUUUAAAAAAAGACUGAGGAAGAUGAUAGAUUACCUGUAUAUAUACUAAAUGUCAUUAUGAUCAUAUUGUAUAUUUAUAAAUAUAUUUAUACAAUUUAAAUUAUUCAGGUGAUAUUUUCCUAUUUCAUUUUUUAUUUGCUCAAAAACUGUCCAUGUCUCAGUUUUAUUUAUUGUGAUGGCGGUGGUGACGACACGAUAAAACGUCUACUCUUGUAAAUUAUGCAUAAUUGUGUUGUUAUACAAUUUACACUUCAUCUUAUCAUUAAAUUAUUAUAAUUAAAUGAAUCAAAUAUUUAA